AAUGAGACGCGUGAUCCCAUUCCCCUCCGUCGCUCGGCAGCUUCUUGGACCCCGGUACUUAAUCCCCCCCCAAAUCGACCUCGCCGAGGCACCACCGCGCACGCCAUGAACUCGCUCCAGUCCUUCCUCGCCGUCGCUCCCGUCGUCAAGCCGGCCUCGGGAGCCGGCGUGCGGCUCCCGUCGUCCCUCCGCGCGCGCGUCUGUGCCUGCCUCGCCGCGCCGCCGCCGACAGCCGCGGCCGCGGGGGCGCGGCGGGAGCUGUCGGCGGUGAGCCUGGCGGUCGUGGAGGACGAGGCUCGGUACCUCGUCGGCACCUACAAUCGCGCGCGCGUCGUCCUCGUCUCUGGACGCGGGUGCAAGCUCUACGACGCCGACGGCCGCGAGUACCUCGACAUGGCCGCCGGCAUCGCCGUCAGCGCCCUGGGCCACGCGGACCCCGACCUAGUCGCCGCCGUCGCCCAGCAGUCUGACACCCUCAUCCACGCCAGCAACGUCGCAUACACCGUCCCCCAGGUGGCGCUCGCCAAGCGGCUCGUGGAGGCGUCCUUCGCGGACCGCGCCUUCUUCGCCAACACCGGCACGGAGGCCAACGAGGCGGCCAUCAAGUUCGCCAGGAAGUUCCAGCGCGUCGCGCGCCCCGAUGGGGACGCGCCCACCGAGUUCUUGGCGUUCAGCAACUGCUUCCACGGCCGGACCAUGGGCUCGCUCGCGCUCACCAGCAAGAGCCAGUACCGGGAGCCCUUCGCGCCCGUGAUGCCCGGGGCGACCUUCGUGGAGUACGGCAACUUGGAGGAGGCCAAGAAGGUCAUACAGUCCGGCAGGAUUGCCGCUGUGUUCGUCGAGCCCGUGCAGGGUGAGGGUGGGAUUCAUAGUGCCACCAAGGAGUUCUUGCAGGGGCUGCGGGAUGCUUGUGAUGAGGCUGGAGCCCUCUUGGUCUUUGAUGAGGUGCAAUGUGGUUUGGGACGCACAGGUUUCCUCUGGGCCCAUGAGGUGUAUGGAGUAGCACCUGACAUCAUGAGCUUAGCAAAGCCACUGGCAAAUGGUCUUCCCAUUGGUGUUGUCUUGGUCACUGAAAAGGUUGCUGCAGCCAUAAACUAUGGCGACCAUGGUACGACAUUCGGUGGUGGCCCUCUUGUCUGCCAGGCUGCGUUAACUGUAUUGGACAAAAUCCAGAAACCUGGUUUCUUGGCCGAGGUGUCCAAGAAAGGAGAGAACUUCAAGCAGCUUCUUCGCACCAAGCUGAGUGGAAACCCGCACGUAAAGGAGGUCCGUGGGAUCGGCCUCAUUAUCGGCAUCGAGCUUGAUGUACCAGCUGGUCCUUUAGUCGAUGCGUGCUUGGACGCCGGUGUCAUUGUGCUGACAGCUGGGAAAGGCAAUGUUGUGAGGCUCGUGCCGCCGCUCAUCAUCUCGGAGAAGGAGCUGGAGCAAGCUGCGGGUGUGAUAUGUGACUGUCUACCUGCGCUUGAUGUUGCUACUUCUUAAUGUAACCAGAUCCUUGUCCUGGUUCUGUGGUUCAGAUAAUGUGUGUUGUAGGUCCGCAUAUGGAAGCUUGUUCCAAUUUUUGGAAUCGAAUAAUUUCAUGUAGGACCGAUGUUGUUCUGAGAGUAAAUGAUUUAUUGGAUCU